CUGUCAUCUUGCGCUCUCUGCACAGAUCCGUCGCAGUCUGCAGCGAGCGCAGCGCAAAUUACAGCCUCUCUCCUGCAGCGGGAAAAAGUUUCAUUUUCGCCACUUUCGAACCAUUUUCUGGAACUUUCAAUGGGACCCGAUGACUGAUUCAUCCCUCUUCUGUCUACGACCCGGAGCCGCAGCCAUGGACUCAUUUGCAUGUGGAUCGCUGCACCUUUUUCUACACAUCGCGCUGCUUUUGAUCGCGCAAUCAGGAGCGUUCGCGCAACAUGCUCCAGAGUGUUACCCAGGAGGACACCAGAUUUUGCAUGAUCCGUAUCGCAGCGUAGGCUUUGACUCCACCGAGAUCCAGAACACGGCCAUCCAGGACCUGAUCUGUGACCACUCGCUGUCCCGGGGAUGGUACAGAUUCAGGAUCAACAACAAGCCGGCCGAGAUGCCGACCACCUGCGUUGAGAUGAACCGUUGUGGCACUCAGGCUCCGGUGUGGCUCUCCCUGAAGGACACCUCCCUGCCUCGACCCGGCGAGGUCCGUCAGCUCUCCGCCUGCGCCACCUGGCAGUUCUUCCACGGCAGCACCAAAGACUGCUGCCUCUUCAAGAUCCCCGUCACCGUGAGGAACUGCGGCGAGUUCAUGAUCUACUACCUGCAGCCCACGCAGGGGUGCAUGGGAUACUGCGCUAAAGUGGCUCCAGAUUUGGGACCCAGACUGUGCCCACCAGGUGAGGUAGAAGUCAACGGUCGAUGCAAAGCCGCCGUCCCGUCCCUGCCGUCCCGGCCGGUGAUCACUCCAGAGCUCGUCGGCCACAGUGUCCACCUGAGGUGCUCCUUCGUCCCCCCGCCGUGGAGCCAGCGGCUGGGCUUCCAGGUGGUUUGGGCGAGACACAUCGGCCUCAGCAUGAAAGCUGAGAUCAGGCAGGAAUCCACGCUGAAGCCCUUCUCUCUGGUGGAGAUGGAUGGCGUUCACUUCAGGCUCGGAGAAACGUUUUCCUGCAGCGUUUCGACUUUCAGAGCCAACUCCAGCCACGGCAGAUCAACUCCAAAAGAAAGUGAGAGUUUCUACGCAGGACUGAAGUUUUCUCUGGACUCGCUCCACAUCGCAGAGAACAGUAAAGAGCACGAGGUGACCGUCCACAGCACGGUGCCCAUCCCCUGCUUCAGCCCCGACCACAGUCUCCAGUGUGCAGUCCCGCUGUCUCUGAGCGUUCAUGAUCCAGACAGUCUCGGACACGAGGCCUCGAAUGUGGCGCUGUCCGCCUGCCAGGUGGAGCUUCAGCCCAACGCCUGCCGCGACGGCAGCUGUGGCCGGGCAACCUUCUAUGUCACUGCGGUCACCGAUUUCACACGAGACGGGAACCGACCGAGUUUGGUCGGUGUUCUGCCAGGAACCAGUGCACCACGGCUUUGGAGAAACUACAACCCAACGUCCCUGAAAGUCACGGUCCAGGACAUCCCAACUUCCAUCUGCUACUCCCUGACUGACCCACAUGUCAUUACCCUGGACGGCAGGCGUUAUGAAAACCACCAGACCGGUACCUUUGUCCUUUACCGGAGCCUCGUCAGGAAGUUUGAGGUCCACUCUCGCCAGUGGGACUGCGGCAGCAGACACUACGCCGUCGCAUGUAACUGCGGCGUUGCGGCACGAGAGGGGAAUGAGGUCGCAGUCUUCGACAUGUGCAACGGCCAACCCCAGGAGUCCAGGCCACAGCUGACCCUGAAGAACCUCGGUGACGGGGAGGGCAGUAGAGUCAGGGUGAUGGAGUCCCACCAGGGGAAGAAGGUCACCUUGAUUUUUCCCUCCGGGGCCUUUAUUAGGGCUGAUGUGGACGACUGGGGGAUGAGUUUAUCUGUCCGUGCUCCCAGCGUUGACUACAGCAACACACAAGGCCUAUGCGGCACCUUCGACCGUAAUGGCAACAACGAUUUCCAAGGUUCCAGUGGUGGCUCCUAUGGCCCUGAUGACUUGCAUCGCUUCAUAGAAGACUGGAGGAUAGGCCCUGGUGAGAGUUUAUUUGACAACACGCCUCCUGGGAUGACGCAGGACUUCAGGAGGCCUUUCUGCAUCUGCCAAAAAGGAUAUCGCACUUCUCAUCAGGCCAGCAGAGGGAUGAGGAACUUGUAUGCUCCUUCCGCUCACUCCGAGUGCAUAGCAUAUGAUAACGUGGAUUACACAUCUGUGUUCCCCUCGAUGGACACCACAGUGGAAUAUAUCAAGAGUCCAGAGAAAGAGGAGAGCAUCCUGGAUAUGUCUGAGUUUGACAGUCAUCCUUUGGAGAGGAGGCACCUUUGGUUUGACGGUGAGGAUAAUGAAAACAGUGAUGGCCAUCUUGAGCUUGAAGGCGAGUUCAGAAAGGAUAAUCUUCUCUCAGUUGAUAGACGUAAGAGACAAGCUUCCUUUGAAUUCAAGCCGGUCUUUGCUGCUCAGAGUCUCAGCCAGGCUGAUCUGGAUAACUUGGCCUACUUCUUCCCUGAGGAUCACUUAGCAGAAACACGACCGGAGGUGCAGCCUCAAUGGCCAACACCAAGUGGCCUGACCUCCGCAAAAGCCCUCGAGGUGUGUCAGAUAGCUUUGGCCAACUCUACUGUUGGUACAGUGUGCCGUGCGCUGCUGGGACGCCGUCUGGAUGAGGCGGUUGAUCUAUGCAUUCUGGAUCUGCAGCUCAAGGACGACCUGGACUGGGAGGAGGCACUGCUGCCCUACCUGGAGAAUGAGUGUGAGAGGAGGCUGUUGGAAAACCGGACCCAGAGAGCCAUGGAGGUGGAUGGUCCGCCUGGAGCAGCCAGGGAAGUGGUGACAGCGCUGCGCUGCCCAAACCUCUGCAACGGAAACGGAGAGUGCACAGAGUGGGGCUGCCAAUGUUAUUCCAGCCACAGCUUCUACGACUGCAGCCUCGCAAUCAGCCAGCCAGUAGAGAUAACAGAUUUGGAGAACAGUGGACUUUGUGACAUACGAGCCGUCAACUGUCGAAACAUUCGAGUCUUCGGGCUCGGCUUCAUCGACUCUCCGGACCUCAGCUGUCACGCCACCAGACUGAAGUACAUGAAUGGAGUUUGGGUUCCAGGGGAGAAACAGAGAACCAAAGCCACCUUCCUCAGCUCCAAGGCUUUAGACUGUGCUGUACCGUCUCUGAGCAACACGGCGGUCAACACGGAGGACUUCAUGAUGGACGACAAACCAUACGCACGCUGGGAGAUUAAAGUUACCAACGAUGGCUCCCAGUACAGCCAGGCUAAGGUGCUGACUAUCUACGAUGGCGUUUGCCAAGUCUGCGAGGCGUCGCGCUCAGGACUCUGUAAGUUAAAGGAGAAGACGUGCAACGUCGACGGGAUGUGUUUCAAAGAAGGAGACUCCAAUCCCAGCAGCCCCUGCCUCCUCUGUGACCCGGACACCUCCAGAUUCACCUGGUCUGUGAAUCAAGUGAACGAGCCGCCGACCUUCCACCGACCUCAAAGCAACCUGCGGACGUUUGCAGGAGAGAAUUUCGUCUUCCAGUUUGCUGCGUCGGACCCCGAGGGCUCGGAACUCCUCUUCCAGUUGGAGGCUGGGCCUAACGGGGCGGUCCUCUCCCCUGCCGGCCUCCUCAUCUGGAGGGUCCCAACACAUCCCGAGGAGGGAUUGAGGCGCUCCAUCCGAUUCACGCUGUCGGACGAGUGCAACGCCCAGAGCACCUUCAACGUGGAGAUCGAUGUGGUGCCAUGCGGGUGUCAGAACGGAGGUUCAUGCGUGACCGACGUUAAUUUCCCAGCUGGAAGCGGGAAGUACCUGUGUGUUUGUCCUGAAGGGAAGCAGGGCGACCUCUGCGACGAGGAUGUGGACGAAUGUUUGUCAUCCCCGUGUGCAGUCGGAAAGUGCGUCAACACAGCCAGCGGGUUCAGAUGUGAAUGUCCUGCAGGGCUGAGAGGUAAAACAUGCCUGGAAGACAUCAACGAAUGUGAAAGGAAGCUGUGUUUCCCAGCAGUCCAAUGCUUCAAUAACUUUGGCUCAUACACCUGUGGACAGUGCCCCAAAGGCAUGCUGGGAAAUGGGACAACAUGUACAGCUGUCAGGCCUGUCGCCGUCUCCCCCACAUCUGCUUCGAGAACCACAGUCUACAAGAUACCAGAUGUUCUGCUCCAACCACACAAAAUAAAGACACACACUUUCCGGAAAACCUCAAGUGGUAUUUCCCAACAGACGAGGGAUGACUCAAGGAAGUCGAGCCUACAAAGUGACCCAAAACAACCACAAACUAAGACCACAACUGGGAGGCAGAUUCCAGGAAGAAGCCUGAACCCGGCGCAGACCAGAGCUGAAUCUGACAGAAGCAUCGCAGCAGUUACCCCGAUCGUGCCGCAGACAAAGACCAGUGCUUUGAGACAAACCAAAGGAAUCCAAUUUAACCCGUACACGUCCACCACCGACACUUUCAAGAACAUCUCGGGGAUGACGCCAAACCAAGCCGAGCCUGAUCAACCAAAAAUCAGCAACACAAUCACCAAGACAUCCGCUGUAGCCCAGCCUUCUGUGAAUGGCAGGCAACCUUCAGGACCGGCUCAGUCACCGGUCGUGAAUGUGUCGGCUACGUGUGCCAGCAGGCCUUGCUUCCCCGGCGUUCAAUGCAUCAACCGCAGGCCGCCACACGUUGGGUACGUGUGCGGGAGAUGCCCUCCUGGCCUCCAUGGCAACGGACGCGUCUGCAUGAAGAAUGCCAAGGCGGCAUCCAACCACCUUCCUCAGCAGCAGACAUUAGGCAAGACUAACCGAUCCCCGUAUGGAGGCAGCAGCAAAGUCUCCCAGCUCCACUUGCCGAACUUGCCCUCCCGACACGGCAUCAGACACCUGUCCUUGUCCGGCACCAGAGCGAGCCGAGAUAAUUCUCCGAGGCAGGUUCCCGCCUCCGGCAGGGGAGGUGGGACAGGAAGGAGAGAGGCGGUCACUGCUUCAAGAGAUGUUAGCGCCUUCCAUGUCACUGCAAAUACUCACACCACCCGCCACAGCACCGACAUCAGAUUGGACGCAAGGACAAACGCCAGCUCCAAGGAUAUGAUGGUUCCCCGUGUGACAGUCUCCAGGUCCCAUGAAGCUUUGACUGGUGAUUCAUCCAGAGUUACAGCGCCCAUUCCUCGUUUGUCAACUCAGUCGGGGAAAAGUCCGCAGUCCAAACAGACAACCCCACCCCAGCUCAACCAUCUGUCUCCGGCCCAGGCCAAACCCUGGACUCCUCAAAAACCAGUCCUCCCACUAACGGCGGCCCUCACUGCUUUGUCCUACUCGCUGUCUGAGUCGGAGUUCUCUGCAGAUGGAGAUGAAGCUGAGCCUGGAUCUGACGGUCCAGAGAUGCUGCACAUAUUCCCGGCUUUGACCUUUACAUCGCCAGGAAAGACGGUCUAUAGCAGCUCCCAGCCGCAAAGAGCCACCUCCAACCCUCCGGGGGUUAGGAGUGCUACGACAGCGGGCAAACAGCUGACCACCUGCACUAAUAGACCGUGUUUUCCUGGGGUUCAGUGUGACCCAGCGAUGGAUGGAGGUUUCACAUGUGGGAGGUGCCCUGCAGGAUACAUCGGAGAUGGACGACUCUGCCGAGCUGUUUGCAGACACAUGUGUGGGAGGAACAUGGAGUGUGCCGCACCAAAUACAUGCCGCUGCAAACCAGGCUACACUGGAUCCGACUGUCAGACAGCGAUCUGUGAGCCGGCCUGUAAGAACGGAGGUGUUUGCGUCGCUCCGGGUGUGUGUCAGUGUCCCGGAGGAUUUCAUGGAGAGACCUGUGAGGAAGCUCUGUGCAGGUUACCAUGUGAACAUGGAGGCACCUGCGUGGGACUGCAAACUUGUUCCUGUCCUUACGGCUUUGUCGGACCUCGAUGUGAGACCAUGGUUUGUAGCCGCCACUGUCACAACGGAGGCCAGUGCGUUUCUCCAGACGAGUGCAGAUGUUCUGCAGGGUGGACCGGACCUUCAUGUGAGACUGCUCUGUGCUCUCCCUUGUGUAUGAACGGAGGUUCUUGCGUCCGGCCGAAUCUCUGCGAUUGUCCUCAAGGCUUCUACGGAGCACAGUGUCAGAAUGCUGUCUGCAGUCCUCCCUGUAAGAACGGCGGUCUGUGCAUGAGGAACAACGUCUGCUCCUGCCUGCAGGGAUACACCGGCAGGAGAUGCGAGAAAAGUGUGUGUGAGCCCAUGUGCAUGAAUGGCGGCAGGUGUGUCGGCCCAGAUGUUUGCGAUUGUCCGUCGGGUUGGCGAGGAAAGAGAUGCGAUAAACGCAGCUGUCUGCAGAAGUGUCUGAAUGGCGGGGAGUGUGUGGGUGCAAACGCCUGCCACUGCGCCGCGGGAUGGCAGGGCACGCUGUGUCAGAUCCCCAUCUGUGAACAGAAGUGUCUCUACGGCAGCCGAUGUGUCCGACCAAACGUCUGCGCCUGCCGGAGCGGAUUCUCAGGCUCACUUUGUUCAAAAAGGCUCCCGAUUUCCCAAGGCUGAUUCUCUGAUAAAACCAGCAAACACCAACGAUCUGGAUUUCAAAAAGCCUCAAUCAAACCUCCUGAUGACCUUCAACCGUCAGCACAAAACAUCAUCCAAAGACAACUCUCUGAACUCUCUUUACUGUGAAAUUUAGAAUCGUCUGUGUAUCCACAAAUGAGUCCAUCUGUGCAACAGCAGCAACAAAAAUCUGGAAUCAAGGGGGAAUAAAAGUGAAAAGCAUCAAAAGAUCUUUUAAUGUAAAUCUUGAAAACAAAGGUCUGUGUGUUUAUCUGAUAAAAAUUAAAGUGUACAAGGCAGCUGAUGAGCUUGACAGAUUUAGGCUAACAGUUUCCCUUUGCUUCCAGUCUUUGUGCUAAGCUAAGCUAAUGAGACGCUGAUUCCACUGCUGCACACACACACACUCUGCAGGAGAUUACAACCUUCCAAAGUACGAAAGACAUUAUGCAAUACUGUCUGCAAAAGUGUCACGCUUACCUAAACCAAAAACAUCGACGUCUUAUUGAUAAGUGCUCAAAGUUUGACCACAUCGAAGCAGCUACUUUAAAACCGCUUUGGAUGUCUUCUUUCCAACCAAAGACUUCCUAAAUGAAAUUAGAAAAAAGGUUCAUGAUCCGAACUUUACAAGCAGCUGUUGUGAUAUUUACUAUAGAUGACUUCCUGUUCAGGCUCCAACACCACAAACACAAACCUCUGUACGAGUAUUUAUUUAUUUGGUUGUUUUAUAUUGUCGCAUAUUUCUUGUUGUAUAUUUCUUAAUCACUGUAUUAUCUUUGUUAUUUCUUAUUCAAUCUUUGUUUACUGGUUUUUUUGUAAGAAAACAAAUAAAUAUCCUCUUUAA